GUCGACUUGUCAGCGACGUUUCACCAAGCAGCUCUGAUGAAUCUGCUGUGCAUCAAACAGUCAGAGAGUUCGGAGAGUUUACAGCUAAGCGGCCUCCCGUGCUCCUCAAUGGCCGCCGUGUGAAUGCAUCUUCAUUUGGUAAAUCACUCAUCUGAUGAAGUACCCACAGGUGUUCACGCCAUUGUUUCUAAGAUCGCUACGUCUGGGUCAGACCUCAUUCUUUUAAUGCUGGAUGAAGAUAUUUUAUCGCUCCUUUGACGGCUUUCAAACAGAACGGGCCCACACAAACUAGAUAGUCUGAGAAACACUGAGCUGUAGGAGCAGAAAAUACAUUCCCUGGUUCAGUUCUGUACCAGGAACCUCAGUCAGCUGAGGGCUGCAGUUCAACAGGAGAGAGAUUCCUCACCUCAGCAGACGAUGAGUCACCAUCAACUCCUCACAUGGCCAGGUGUUGGGAUGUUGACAUGUUACGCUGUGGUUUACCCACAACUACUGUUGACUUUUGUUUGUUUCCACAUUUGAAAUCAGGAAGUCAACAUUGCAUUUGUCUACUUAAAUUCCCGAUUUCCAUGACAUCUCACUGGAGCAGAACCUUUUUACAUUUUUCAUCAAUUUCUUAUGAAAGGCCAAACUUUUUUGUGAUCAGUGUAUUUAUUAAUCCCUUUGGGAUAAUGAACAAAGAAUGACUGUGACCUGAAGAAACACACAUACAAACAUGCAUGUGUUUCUUUCUGCUUGUUGUGUGUGAAACCACAGCAGAGAAGUGGUAGCCUGGCAUGCCAGACUGAUUUUUUUUUAUGUGUUACGCCCGUGCCUGGACUCAGAUAAACUCUGUAACACUCAGUGUUUGUGAGAUUAUCUGCAUUUGGGUUCACUCUCUGCCCCUGACCGUCGACGGUCAGUCAUCAUUCGACUUUAAGAAACGAAAGUUAAAUGAUGUUUUUUUUUUUUAAAUCAACUUCUCAUUUCUAAUUCACAGAAGUUAGAAUGUCUCAGUGUACACACACACACACACACACACACACACACACACACACACACUCAGAGAGAAAGAAACACACACAUACAGGAAAUGACCUUGACUGUAGAGAGUGGGUGUUCUGUCCAGCUCUGACAGCGACGAGGACGAUGAUGACGAUAGCUUCUGCCUCCACCUUCUUUCUGCUUUCUUCAUCCCAACAGGAACCUCGAAAAGCUGAAGGUUGCAGUUCAACAAGAGCGAGAUUCCUCACCUCAGCACAUCAGUUUGUCACAAGCUCUAAAAGCUCUAGAAGGACCUUGAUGAAGAUGGCUUCUCCCUCCACCGUGUUUCUUCUUCUGCUCUGCUGCUCCGUCUUCAUCCCAACAGCUUCUCAGAGCCAAUGUGACAUGUACGCCGCAGCAGGAACAGACUUUGUUGUGCCUCUGAACUCCCAGACGAAGGACCCGUCACUAUGGACAUGGAGUCACAAUGAUUCCAUUAUCUUUAAGAAAAGAGAGGAAAUGGUUCUCAAAGGAAAAGCAGACGACGUUGAUGAGAAUGGAUCCCUGAGGCUGAAAAAUCUGAUAAUCAGUCAGUCAGGAACCUACAAACCGGAGGUUUUCAAUAAAGACCGAAAAGCUGAGCAAAAUUUAAAGACGAUACGAUUGUGUGUGAUUGCUCCUGUACCGAAGCCUGAAGUAAACGUGAUGUGUGAAGGGUCAGAAGUCACAUUCACCUGCACGGUUCCGGAGAAAGACCUGCCACAAGAGACAGAUAUGACUGUUGCAUGGUAUCAAAAUGACAAUGUCAAUGAUGAAAUGAAGGAUUGGAGUGUCACAUUUGAAGCGGAAAAAGUGGAAAACGACCAUUUUCGUUGCAACAUUUCCAACCUGGUCUCCUGUGCGGUCAGUGAUCCUGUCCAACAAACCUGCUACGAGCCCUAUGAGUAUGAUCACACAGAAGGUUUCAUUGGACCUGAAACGAAAGAUCCCGAUGGAGAUAACACAGAAAAGUUGCCUGAUGAAGGGAAUGGCAUCAGCAGUAGCAUCUGGGUUUUCGUUAGCAGUGGAGUAGGUAUUGUUCUGGCGUUGUGGUGCUGAUCAUCAGAUCCAGCAGAUGGAGCACAACUCAAAGGCAAGACCUGCAUGGGGACUCAUCAUCAUCAUCAUCAUCAUCAUCAUCAUCAUCAUCAUCAUCAUCAAGGAUUGUUGGCUGGAAACAUUGGACCCUGACCAAGUGGCUCCAGGCUGCACGUCCACUGGCAAUUCUCUUGACACUCCAAACCCUGAGUCCCGUCUGAUUCCUUGAUUAUUUUUUAUCAAAUAAAAUCCAGUAACGUUUAGUGUAAAGGAGACAUAUUUUGCAAUUGCCUUGCCUUUAUUUGUACUGUUUUCUUUUCCUUUUUUUUAACUCAUUGAAACAAUUUGUAAUGGACUUUUUUCCAGCAUAACUUUUUUUCCUGGUCAAUUCCUUUACCUUUAUCCUGGUACAUUUCUUUUUGUUACUUUGUUGUGUUUAUUUGCCUUCCUAUUGAAACCUCUUGGAUCAAUGCUUUUGUCCUAUGCAAGCCUUUCGUAUUCGGAUUGUUAUUAUUGCUCACAUUAAAUGAACAGUAAAUGG